AUGGGCUGCACGGUGAGCGCCGAGGAUAAGGCAGCCGCGAAGAGGUCAAAGAUGAUUGACAAAAACCUGCGAGAAGACGGAGAGAAGGCGGCCAGAGAAGUGAAACUGCUUUUAUUAGGUGCAGGCGAGUCUGGGAAGAGCACCAUUGUAAAGCAGAUGAAGAUCAUCCAUGAAGAUGGCUACUCAGAAGACGAGUGCAAGCAGUACCGGGCGGUGGUUUACAGUAACACCAUCCAAUCCAUUAUGGCCAUUGUUAAAGCCAUGGCCAGUCUAAAGAUAGAGUACAGCAACCCUUCCAGAGCGGAUGAUGCCCAGCAGCUCUUUGCUCUGUCUGCGGCAGCUGAGGAGCAGGGCCUUCUUCCCGGCGACCUGGCCAAUGUGAUCAGGCGACUGUGGGGCGACAACGGUAUACAGAGCUGCUUUGCAAGGUCGCGAGAAUACCAACUCAACGACUCUGCAGCAUAUUACCUGAAUGACCUGGAGAGGAUAGCUAAAUCAGAUUAUAUCCCCUCCCAGCAGGAUGUGCUGAGAACUCGGGUCAAGACCACUGGCAUUGUGGAGACGCACUUCACUUUCAAGGAACUGCACUUCAAAAUGUUUGAUGUGGGAGGCCAGCGCUCAGAGAGAAAGAAAUGGAUCCACUGUUUUGAAGGAGUCACAGCCAUCAUCUUUUGCGUUGCUCUGAGUGCUUAUGACCUGGUGCUGGCUGAGGAUGAGGAGAUGAAUCGUAUGCACGAGAGCAUGAAGCUGUUUGACUCCAUCUGCAACAACAAGUGGUUCACUGAGACCUCCAUCAUCCUCUUCCUCAACAAGAAGGAUCUCUUCGAGGAGAAGAUCACUAGCAGCCCUCUCGCCAUCUGCUUCCCAGAGUACACAGGAGCCAACAAGUUUGACGAAGCCGCCAGUUACAUUCAGACCAGGUUCGAGGACCUGAACAAGAAGAAGGACACCAAGGAGAUCUACACCCACUUCACCUGUGCCACUGACACCAAGAACGUGCAGUUUGUCUUUGACGCCGUCACUGAUGUCAUUAUUAAGAACAACCUGAAAGACUGUGGUCUUUUCUAAAGGACGAUGCCUGACUGCAUGAGACUGCAACAGCCAUGAGAUAAUUACUGCUUUUCAUAAUGAAAACCCAAACAGACUUGAUUCCUAGAGGGGACACGUGAAAGAACUUCAACAAUCAUUGACCUGCAACCAUCACAUUGUGUAUUGUUUUAUAUUAUUUAUUGGCUCAUAAUACAUUUUAUAUAUAUAUAUAUAUAAAAUAACAGUCCAGGCACUCACCCCAAAUAUUUGAUUUAUAAUAAAUUAUAUGAGCUGAUUUGUUUAAGUGGAAAAUAAAACAUUUAUAAUAAUAGUAAUAACAACAUUAUCUAAUCUUGGCAAAUACAGUCAAAUUUAAGUAUUUUUCUUCCUGAGCCUUUAAGGGCCACUUUGAGAGCCACUAUUCUCAUUUUUUUAAUUCAGAUUUCUAUUUAGGUUGAAAGUUUUAAUUUUUAUUUUAGUUUUUUCUUUUGCUUUUGAAGUUCAGUAAGAGGAUAGAGUAAAAAAAACAUUUUAUAAAAAUCGCAUUAACUUACGUUAACUAACGUUGGCAUUAUAUGAACCUUUUGACUGCACAGAGCUUAUUUUUAGAAAAAAAAACUAACAAGCAUGGAGAAUGAAAAAUGGACAAAGGGAAAAUGUUUUUUUUGUACAAUGUUUACACAGAAUCAAUGUUCUCACAUACAGUAUACUCUAGUGCAUUGUUCUGCAUGACUGUCCAUAGAUUAGCCUGUACCCCCCACAAACUGAAUAACAUUCCUGAGUAACUUCUUUAAAGAAACAAAACAGAAAAGGUUAUGUGCCACUUUUAAGAUUUCUGCAAGAUUUUUAAAUGCUUCUGUCGGUUCAAACAUUGAUUGUUCUGUACUCUUUGUUUCAUUCCAAGUCUUUACCAUAUGUUUGUGCCUUGAUAUCUGUUUACACUUGUUCUUUAGAGACAUGCUAUCUUCAUAGUGACAAUUAGGGCUAUUUCUACUCCACUUCAAAUCACACAAGCCAUUAUUUAAAGGUACAGUGUGUAGAAUUGUGUGAUAUCUAGUGUUGAAAUUGCAUGUUGCAGCUGAAUACCCCUCAUCUCACCCUCCCCUUCCACACAUGAGAAAAAAGAACCUGUGGGUAGCGUUCAGUUCACAUAAAAACUCAAAAGGUGUUUAGUUUGUCCAGUCAGGAGUAAUGUAAAAAACAUGGCGGCCUCCAUAGUGAGGACCCCCUCGAUGUAAAUAUAAAGUAUUUAAACAUAAAGGGGCUUUUCUGAAAAUGAUGAAUUGUAGUUUUAAAGAAAACUACAAUUCAUACAAUCUAGAAGAAACACCUUAGUGAAAACAUCAUGAGGAUUAUUCUACAUUAAAUUUCUGCCAAUAGUUCCCUUUCACCUAAAUCUUACACACUGGACCUUUAAAACGUACCACAUCACAAAUGAUUGAUAGCUGUUCAUCAAUAUUGUUAAAUGUAAAUAAAGUUUGGU